CCCCAAGGACAACGGCCGAGGAAGGCGACAGAAGCCGAAGACUCGAACACGUCCUCUGUGACGGACAUGCCGUGAGCACAACGCCGUCAUUAUCCCGCGGAAAUUCCCAAAGCGGUUAUUUUACUGUUUUACCCGAUCGGGGUGAAUAAAGGCUUUCCGCACGACUCUGCUGCUCCCGUUUCGAGGUAGAGUUCUUUGCUCGCAGGAUCAGGUACUUCCUCACUCUACUCUACUCAGGUAGAGUUCGGCGGCCAGGCAUUGUUCGGCGGCUUGCUUGUGUCGAGGAAAGGAUGGAUGGAUGGAUGAAUUCAUCACGCUUGCUGGUGGUUCGCUCGCUCGCUAUCCCUCCCUGCGCCCCACGUCUCUUUUCCCGCAUCAUCUGCCCGCCUGCUUUGCUGCUCGCUGCUGCUGCUGUUGCUCACUGCUCGCUGCUCGGCGCUCGCUCGCUCUCUCGCUCUGUCUGUCCGUCCGUCACUCGCGCGCCGCCCGCACCCAACAAUCAGCAGCAACCGAUAACUCCCACUGCCACUCCCACUCCUCCCACACUAUUACACCCACCACCACCACUCACGCACCCACCACUCCACUCCAACUCCAACUCCUCCCACCAAACUCACAACAAACCCUUUACGAUACGACUACGCACGCUUGACGCUUCUUCUCCUCCUCUCCAUCCACAAACUCACAAACCUUCACGCCAUCGUCAUACGCCGGUCGCUUUGCUACAGCAAGCAACCGACAAGAAGCACCAGCGCUCCCACACGCUUCCAACGCACGCAUCAUCCUCCCCGAGACUUCCUGAGAGGCGGGCUUGCCGACUCUCUCGCUCCCACACCACACCCCCCCUUCUCUCCCCACACCCCUUCCACCCCCUCCCCCCCGAUCAUCCCUACUGCGCUCCCUCUGCGCCUCUCCCCUACCCAGCACCAGAAAACGUCACCGCCGACUCCCUUCUCUCCCUUCUCUCCCCGUCCAACCCUGCCUACUCCUGCCAUUCCGUUGUUCGCCUUGUCUCUCUGCUCCAUCACGACCCCUCCAGGAUAUGACAGCGGUCGCCGUCCCUAUCCACACAUUCAGACCCCGGCUCACUUGACUUACUUAGCAUUUCCAACGCCACUACCACCCCCACACCCUCCUCCUCCUACUCGUAGGCUUCGUUCGUUACUCCCUUCCCGGUUCCA